GGCUCCGCGGUGCGGGCAGGGGGCGUCCGCGCCCUCGGGCGGCAGCGUCGCCCCGGCCCGAGCGGCGGUCCCCGCCGCCCGCGAGCCUGGGCACAGGUCUGGACUGCCUAAAACAUUUCACAGUAACCAACCCUCCUUGCUAACGUGACCUAAAGCUGCUCCUUCGCCCCUGUCCUCAGUGACUUUAACCAGGAGUGGAGGGGUGGGUACAGUCGUCUGUCAAUGCUGCCCUUGCCGGGAUCUGAGGAACAGUGGCAGCCAUGCCCCCCCCUGUCCCAGCCACCCCUCAUCCCCCACGCUGACCUGCAUGGUGUGGAUGCCCUGGGGACCACAAAAGACUGACUGGCUGACCCGGCUUCGGACCCCCAACAGCUCCCCCAAGAUGUCGCUCGAGUGGCUGGUGGCCUGGGGCUGGUCACUGGAUGGCCUGAGGGACUGCAUCGCCACCGGCAUCCAGUCUGUGCGGGACUGCGACACCACGGCUGUGGUCACUGUGGCCUGCCUGCUGGUCCUGUUCGUGUGGUACUGUUACCACGUGGGCAGGGAGCAGCCCCGGCCCUACGUCUCGGUCAACGCCCUGAUGCAGGGCCCUGAUGCCAAUGGUCUGCAGAACGGCUUCGUGUACUGCCAGUCCCCCGAGUGCGUGCGCUGCAGCCACAACGGGGGCCUCAACCAGAAGCUCUACCACAACCUGCAGGAGUAUGCCAAGCGCUAUUCCUGGUCCGGCAUGGGCCGCAUCCACAAGGGCAUCCGCGAGCAGGGCCGCUACCUCAACAGCCGGCCCUCCAUCCAGAAGCCCGAGGUCUUCUUCCUCCCCGACCUCCCCACCACGCCCUACUUCUCCCGGGAUGCACAGAAGCACGACGUGGAGCUGCUGGAGCGCAACUUCCAGACCAUCCUGUGCGAGUUUGAGACCCUGUACAAAGCCUUCUCAAACUGCAGCCUCCCGCAGGGAUGGAAAAUGAACAGCACCCCCAGUGGGGAGUGGGUCACCUUUUACUUGGUCAAUCAGGGGGUUUGCGUCCCCCGGAACUGCAGGAAGUGCCCACGGACGUACCGCUUGCUGGGAAGCCUUCGGACCUGUAUUGGGAACAAUGUUUUUGGGAACGCAUGCAUCUCUGUGCUGAGCCCCGGCACCGUGAUAACGGAGCACUACGGACCCACCAACAUCCGCAUCCGAUGCCAUUUAGGUCUGAAAACCCCAGGUGGCUGUGAGCUGGUGGUGGGCGGGGAGCCCCAGUGCUGGGCAGAAGGCCGCUGUCUCCUGUUCGACGACUCCUUCCUGCACACUGCAUUCCACGAAGGUUCAGCGGAGGAUGGCCCGCGGGUGGUUUUCAUGGUGGAUUUGUGGCAUCCAAACGUCGCAGCGGCCGAACGGCAGGCCCUGGAUUUCAUCUUUGCUCCGGGACGAUGAGAACAUUGCCCGUGCUGGAGUCGGCGAGAGUGGCUGUGGGUCAGCUGGGCAGACUGGGGUGCGGCCCAGCCCUGCCCGGGUUACCAUUUCUGCUCAGAAACCUGCCUCAGCAGAAAGCUCUUACUUGGGAUUUUUUUUUUUUUUUUUUUUUUUUUUUAAGCUCUCGUUGGAUCCCUCUUUCCUUUGGUUCUUGAAAAUGGGAAAAUUUCAGCUUGUUUUUCCUUGGAUUUUUUUUUUCCCUUCCAGUCAUUUGCUUCUGCAAUUCCUUUCUGCCUAGUAGUGCAUUACUUUGCUCUGUGACCAGAGGCUCGGUGUCCCUGUUGUCUGUGUCACGCUGCUACCUGGUUUUGUCAGUGCUCUGAAAUAGAGUCGCCAAAUGGUUAUUUGUCUGAAUGUAAUAGCGUAAAUUUCUUGUGGCCGUCUUAAAAGAAACAAAAAACAAAACAACAAAAAACUGCAAACCAGAGAGCUGGAGAACUUGGCCUCUGCUGACGUCACUGUCAUUUGGGGGCCCCUUCAGGGAGGCGUCUGCGGUCACCGUCCCUGCCAGGUUCCUCGGCAGGGCGCCCGUCGGGGUGGGCCAGACCCACUGUCGCUCACCUCACCCCAGGCCCCAUCAGGUCCCUGAUGACGAAGCGCAUCAGGCUGGUGGGACUGGAAGCUUUCCUGUGAAUGUUGCUUUCCCACAAAGCUGAGGCUGGGGCUCCCAUGGAUCAGCCGCAGAAUGUGCGAUACGCUUACCUCACUGCCUACAGAAGCCCUACUGCCAAACCGGGCCUGGAGAAUUCCCUGUUUGAGCUGUUUGGAGUCCACGGCGAUGAGUGUUCAGACCACCAGGCUGGCUGAUGGGCGCUGAGGUGGGAUAAGCCCUCAGUCGGCCAGUGACGUUCUGGGAAAGCCUUUUCUCUGGCAAAACUGGAGUCGUAGAUCCAACCAAAGUGUCUGUUUUGCUUUGAAGUUCUGUUGCCUAUGAUUUUUGGUUUAUUUGUCUGUACAUAUGUGUUCAACGCUGGGCUUGGAGAGCAUGGCAGAGUCAGUCCUGGGUCUCUGUCACUGCACAAGGGUGUGUGCCGGGUGAGGGCCACCUAAGCCAGUGUGUGCGCGUGAGGAUGCUGGGGGAACCUGUAGACCCAGCAUGGUCUCAGCGCUGGCUCUGUGGUCUUCUGUGAAGGACAAGGCCCCAUGUAGCCAGUGUGUGAAGGAGUCGCCUCCGGCCAUACUAGAGAUGCCUUUUUUGAAUAAUGAAUUAUGGCAGAGUCAGGUUCAUAAAGCCAUGGAGCGGUACGGAACAUACCGCUUGUCACGUGUCCAGGUCCAAUGUUUCCGAACAGAAACCAGCAGCUUCUGGGAGGAACAACCAUCAGAAGUAAACAUGAUCUGAAACGUACUAGGUAGUUACUAGCGAGUGUGCAAAGAAAGCGUGUCUACAUUUGAGUAAAAUUUCUACACAUAUUUUUCAGGGAUUAGAAUGCAGGAAAGGGCAGAAAUUUCAAACACACCUGAAGUCUUUUUACUCAUUGCGUUUCUUGUUAAAGAAUCACUGAGGUGCAUGAUUUCUAUACAUCCUGACUGCUCUACGUUUACGUAGCCAACAGCCCACCCAGUUACCUGGCUGCCUGUGCUCAUGUGAUGUGGUUGGGGACCAGGAGGUAAAUAAAAAAUCUCACUGAAACCCAGAGUGAAGUGCUCCCGUGGUCUGGUGGAGAGGAGACUUGACUGGGGCAGAAGCUCCGAGAGGGGCUGCGUGUGAGGCUCUUGGUUUCCGGAUCAUGUCACAGAGACAGGGGGGCCCUGAAAUGUCAUCUUGUCUGUGAAUGAAUCAAAACGUGGUUCUAAGUAAUGCGCAUGUCGGCGGGGGGAGGGAGCAGAUCCAUGGAAUGUGCAGGAACUACAGAUGUCACUCUGGGCACAGAACAAGGACUGUGCUUCGGAAAAGCCGAGGAUUCAGACUCAGGGCCAGGAAUGUGGUCACUCACUCUGAUGUGACCUUGGGCAAGUCGUGGAGCCUCUGGCAGCCUCAGUCUCCUUUACGGUGGAGACAGCGCCUGGCAUGCAAAGCAGCGAUGUUGGUUCCCUUCCCCAUAUAGCAGUGGUUCUAAGCAGUUGUAGAGAAACAGGUGAGGAGGAUGGUCCAGUGAGAAAGAAAGGGAUGGACACACUGGAGCAGUCAUAGGCGUGGCCAGGUAGCCACGGCUUCUUUCCUUUGUCUGUAUCUAACCUCGGGGGGUGGGGGGGAGCAGGGCCCUCAACAGCUGCAUUUGGAAUUUUCCCCUUAUCUUAGAAGGGGGAUGGGGACUCUUGUGGCCUGGAGCCCCAGGGGCUGCCUGGCUGUUGGGUGUUUUUGUAGCAAGCAGGAGGGCCGCCACAGCAAGCAGGAGGGAGGAACACCAGGCACGCAGGGCCGUGAUAGUUCUCACUCUCCUGAAGUGUGCAUUGCCAGCUAGGUAACUGCUAAAGUAAUUUCCAAGUUGUAGCUGAGGACGCCCAGGGUGAGAGACGGGAGCCGGCAUGCCCUCCCAGCUGCAAAUGGGAAGCCCUGCCUUCCCCCCACAAACAGCCUGCCUCAGCUACAAGGCCAGACUGUUACUCAGUUUCACAUCCCAGGUCUCCCAGGCACCUGCUCAUCAUCCCCCAAAGUCAGCUAACUUGUCUGGAUUCUGAGCCCUCCUUUAGUGACAGUGGCCAUACUUGUAGCGUCUAGUACCCUGUAGCAUGUGGUGGGGGAGGGGAAGGGCAGCCCGCACCUCCUGGUUCUAGACUUUGGCUGCACACUUGCAAUCACCUGGGGAGCUUCUGAGAAAUGCUGAUACCCAUGAUCCCAAGGCAUCUCAUUUCUUUGCCCAGGUCUUGGUAUUUGUUUCACCUUGUUUCCUGGCCUGACUCUAUAAUGUGUAGCUGGGGCUGGGGGUGUAGCUGGCCCUGAGUUGCAAGAGUGGUAAAGCCUUUGAAACCAACCAGCUGGAGCUUAGAGGCUGGACUGUGCCCCUGCGUAACAGUGGGCAGGCCUUUGAAACCAGCCAGCUGGAGGUUAGAGGCUGGGUCCCUGUGUAACAGUGGGCAGGCACCUAACCGUUGUCUGUGCUUUUAACUCUCUUCCACCUGUACUUUGAUGAGCCUCCUCCAAGAUCAUAACAUUCCCACUUUCAGUCCUUGGAUUCUUCCAGGACCUGACCCAACUCCAGCUGCCAGGCUGGGCACAUGACCCACACCUGACCAAUCAGAGCCUUCCAGAUUCCUGGGUACUCAGGGGUUGGGGUCAGGGCUGGGCAUAUGACCCACGCCUGACCAAUCAGAGCCUUCCAAACUCCUGAGUACUCAGAGGUUGGGUCAGAGUUGGGCAAGUUCUUUUCUGGGACUGUUGACAAAAAGAGGCUACUUUUCAUAGGAUGGAGGUUGGGGAUCCAGUGUAAAGAAAGCUUGAGAGUGAAACUUGUCUUAUCCUGUGGAGAUCAUCUGAAUCCUGAAUAUAGCUUUGCCUGGAACCAGCCCUACCUCUGGACUUUUGCGUUACAUGAGCCAAUAAACUCCCUUUGAACUCAG